AGUUAGAGAGAUGGCCAUGUCAACACCCAAAACCCCAAGUGCCAUGCAACUAGCACUUAUGAGCUCUAUCAUCGCCCCCAUGGAGAUACCCUGCCACCCAUAAACUGCCGCGAGAACCACAUCACCAGCGGUCGGUCGGCCGGUCGGUGAGACCACACUGAACUGAACUCUGCCGGCGCGGAUAAGCCGCUUGUGGACGCCACGAGCUUCCAAUCCGGGGGCAAAUACGAGAGCCGGGAAGCCCGAAACGCCACAAGAACAAGAAUUCUUGGCGCCCCUUCCACGAGAAAUUUCGAUAUUUGAUACUCAAUUCAUAGCCCCACGCACACGCUCCUGCCAUGGCAUCAUCAGUAGGCUUCGGCACGGUCGCGCCGGCCGCGGCGUCGCCAGCCGGCAGGACCCUAGGCCACCGCGCGGCGCGCCCACCCACCGCGCGCGUCGUCGUCCCCGCCGCGACGAAAGUGGCGGCGGCGAAGGCGGAGGAGAAGGGCCUGUUCGACGCCAUCUUCGGCGCGCUGUACAAGGAGGAGCAGCUGCUGGAGACGGACCCCAUCCUGAACAAGGUGGAGGGCAGGGCACCCGCCGCCCCCGCGCCGAGGAAAGCCGCCGGUAAGCCGGCGGCCGCACAGAGCGGCGGGGACGGCGGGUUCAGCUUCCGCGGGCUCUUCGCCAAGAAAGGGUGAAAGGCUCGUGAAUUCCCCCCGCGGAAUCGCACGAUCGAAGCUUCUUCAGCCGUCUCCAUUGUAAAGCGCUUACCAUUGCUUUUCUUUAUAAGAGCUUAUACCAUUGCUUGAGAGCACUGAGCAUCGUAAGAGCAUUUCCAGCAGUUUCCAAAAAAAAUUCUAAUAACCGUCUAAUAUGGAUGGAUUUUGCAGUUCUCUAAUAAUCUGGAUUAUUAAUUUAUUCCCAUAAUUAUUGGGAAAAGGGAAAAAUUUUGCAGUUUCCCAAUAGAGAUGGCUUUUGCAGUUCCCCAA